AGCGGCAGGGGGCGGAGGCUGCGGCGGGAGCAGCAGCGGCGGCCGGGCGGGAGCAGCCGCCUCCUUCUCUCGCUCUCGGCUCCAGCGACCGCCGCCACGCUGACCGGGGAGCUGCAACGCCCGCUGCGGCGCAGGACCAAAGCUGCCGUCACGCUGAAGCGCCACAGGUAGCCUCGUUCAGGACGGACUCUUCUGGCAUUUGACCAUUUUGCAGUGGAAUACCGGAAACGCGCAAAUCUGGGUUUGAAACUAUGAGCUCGGUAGCAGUGUUAACACCCGAGAGCUUCGCUGAGCACCGAAGCGGCUUGAGGGAUGAAGAAACACGAGGUGGUGUAUCAGAGGAUGAGGCCUACAUCCCCACUUAUUUGGAAGCUUUCCCCCCGCUCCCAGAAAAGGGAGCUCCGGGGGAAAAGUCCAGUGAGUUUACAGGAGUAUGGAACAAGAUCCGGCCUAUCAAAUCCUCUGUCAUCACCCAGGUGUUUCACGUCCCCUUGGAAGAGCGACGCUACAAGGACAACAGCCAGUUUGGAGAAGGCGACGAGGCCAAGGUUUGUGUGGAUAUCAUGAAGAGCACCUGGGCUCACAUUGAGCUCUCCUUGGCCAAGGACCAGGGGUUGUCCAUCAUGGUGACCGGCAAACUGGACUCCGUCAUGAAGGCUCGUAAAGAAAUAGUCGCUCGGCUUCAGACCCAGGCUUCAGCUACUGUCACAAUCCCCAAAGAACACCAUCGCUUCGUGAUCGGCAAGAGCGCUGAGAAACUGCUGGAGCUCGAGCUGAAGACGGCCACCAAGAUCAACAUCCCCUGGCCCGAGGACCCCAGCAACCAGAUCAAGAUCACGGGUACCAAAGAAGGCAUCGAGAAAGCGCGCCACGAGAUCUUGCUCAUCUCAGCAGAGCAGGACAAGCGAGCGGUUGAGCGCUUGUGUCUGGAGAAGGCCUUCCACCCCUUCAUUGGUGGCGCCUUCAACAAAGUGGUUCAGGAGAUCAUGCAGGAAACGGGGGCCCGCAUCAACAUCCCGCCGCCCAGCGUCAACAAGGACGAGAUCAUCAUCACAGGGUCGAAACACAGCAUCUCGGACGCUUCCUUUCCCACCCGCCCCUCCCAGAAGCGCAAGACGACCACCAUCUCCGUGGAGGUGAAGAAGUCCCAGCACAAGUACAUCAUCGGCCCCAAAGGCAACACCUUACAAGAGAUCCUGGAUGCCACCGGGGUCUCCGUGGAGAUGCCACCCCUCGAAAGCAGCUCGGAAACAAUCAUCCUCCGGGGGGAGCCCGACAAGCUGGGUCCAGCUUUGACUCAGGUCUACGCCAAGGCAAAGAGUGUGAUGGUAGCUGAAGUAACGGCCCCGCCCUGGCUACAUCGUUUUAUAAUCGGAAAGAAAGGGCAGAACAUUGGCAGAAUUACCCAGCAGCUACCCAAGGUUCACAUUGAAUUCACAGAUGGAGACGAGAAGAUCACCUUGGAGGGGCCCACCGAAGAGGUGGAAUUGGCUCAGAUGCAGAUACAGGAAAUCAUUCGGGAUCUGCUCGGCCGAAUGGAUUACACCGAAAUGCUCAUCGAUCAGCGAUUCCACCGACACCUGAUAGGGAAGAACGGAGCCAACAUCAACCGCAUCAAAGAACAGCACAGAGUCUCUGUCCGCAUUCCCCCCGACAACGAGAAGAGCAACUUGAUCCGGAUCGAGGGGGACCCUCAAGGGGUGCAGCUGGCCCGCAAGGAGCUGCUGGAGAUGGCUGCUCGCAUGGAAAACGAGCGCACGAAAGACCUGAUAAUAGAGCAGCGCUUCCACCGGACCAUCAUCGGACAGAAAGGCGAGAAGAUCAAGGAAAUCCGUGAUAAGUUCCCAGAGGUCAUCAUCAAUUUCCCAGACCCCUCCCAGAAGAGCGACAUUGUGCAUUUCACGGAAAUUUAAAGCGAGGUGGAGAACUGUGCUUCCUAUACCCUCGUGCCAGCAGAAAUUAUUGAGAACAGUUUCUCCAUCCCCGUUCCCAUCUUCAAGCAAUUCCACAAGAACAUCAUCGGGAAAGGAGGCGCCAACAUCAAAAAGAUUCGAGAGGAAACCAAUACCAAGAUUGACCUCCCCACAGAAAACAGCAACUCGGAAGUCAUCCUGAUAACUGGGAAGAAGGCCAAUUGCGAAGGAGCCCGGGACCGCAUCCUGGCCAUCCAGAGGGACCUGGCGAACAUCAAAGAGGUGGACGUGUCUAUCCCGUCCAAGCUGCACAACUCGCUGAUCGGGGCCAAGGGGCGGCUGGUGCGCUCCAUCAUGGAGGAAUGCGGUGGGGUCCACAUCCACUUCCCUUCUGAGGGCUCCGGCAGCGACCAGGUCACCAUCCGGGGUCCCGGAGAGGAAGUGGAGAAAGCGAAGCGCCAGCUGCUGCAGCUCGCCGAGGAGAAGCAAAUCAGCAACCACUUGGUAGAGCUUCACGCCAAGCCGGAGUACCACAAGUUCCUGAUUGGGCGCGGGGGCGCCAACAUCCGUAAAGUGAGAGACCACACGGGUGCCCGCAUCAUCUUCCCCACCCCGGACGACAGAGACCAGGAGCUCAUCACCAUCGUAGGAAAGGAGGAUGCGGUUCGGCAGGCUCAGCAUGAGCUGGAGAGCCUCAUCCGUAACCUGGAUAACAUCAUAGAGGAUUCGAUGCUGGUGGAGCCGAAGUAUCACCGCCACUUUGUGGCGCGCCGGGGCCACGUUCUGCGGGAGAUCGCUGAGGAGUACGGGGGCGUCAUCGUGAGCUUUCCCAGGACGGGCGUCCAGAGUGAUCGCGUCACGCUCAAGGGAGCGAAGGACUGUGUUGAAGCUGCCAAGAAGCGCAUCUUGGAGAUCAUUGGGGACCUGGAGGCUCAGGUGGUGCUGGAAUGCGUCAUCCCGCAGCGCUUCCACCGCAUCGUCAUGGGGCCCAAAGGUUACCGGGUGCAGCAGAUCACUCGAGAACACGACGUGCAGAUCAAGUUCCCGGAGCGAGAUGACAAUGCAGGUUCAGAAGCGCAGUCUCAGGAGAACGGCAGCGUCAGUCCCGAGCUGGACUCCGCCCCCCGCAAAUGUGACAUCAUCCUAAUCUCAGGGCGCAAGGAGAAGUGUGAGUCGGCACGGUCGGCAUUACUGGUUCUGGUUCCCAUCACUGUGGACGUGGAUGUCCCCUUUGAUCUGCACCGCUACAUCAUUGGACAAAAAGGAGCCGGCAUCCGUAAGAUGAUGGAGGAAUAUGAGGUGAGCAUCUCUGUGCCGCAGCCCGAGCAGCAGUCGGACGUCAUCAAGAUCACAGGCCUGGUCCCCAACGUGGAGCGAGCCAGGGCGGGACUCUUGGAACGAGUCAAGGAGCUGCAGGCCGAGCAGGGGAAGAAGGCAUUGCGGGGCUUCAAACUGACGGUGGGCGUGGAGCCCAAGUACCACCCAAAGAUCAUCGGCAAGAAGGGGGCGGUUAUUUCCCAGAUCCGUAAGGACCACGAUGUCACUGUCCAGUUCCCAGACAAAGGGGAUGAGAAUCAGGAUCUCAUCACGAUCACCGGCUACGAGAAGAAUGCCGAGGCGGCCCGCGACGCCAUCUUGAAAAUCGUGGCGGACCUCGAGGAGAUGGUCAGCGAAGACGUCCGGUUGGAUCACAGGGUCCACGCCCGCAUCAUUGGAGGGCGGGGCAAGGCAAUCCGCAAGCUCAUGGAAGAGUUCCGGGUAGACAUCCGCUUCCCUCAACCGGGCUCCAGUGAUCCCGACAGAGUCACCGUAACGGGGCUGCCUGAGAACGUAGACGAUGCGAUUGACCACCUGCUCAAUUUGGAAGAGGAAUAUAUGAUGGAUGUGGUGGAGACAGAAACCAUGGCUGCGUACAUGAAGCCCCCCUCCCGCUUAGAAGAGGAGCCCCAGGGCCCGGCCAAGGGAUUCGUAGUGCGAGAUGCCCCCUGGAACGCAUCUGGGAAUAAGGCUCCCGACGUGAGCAGCGCCGAAGAGUUUCCGGUCUUCGGCUCGGGUGUCGUCCCCAAGCAGACGUCUGUCUGGGGCCCCAAGAAGCUUUGAGCUGGGUGGGGAGGGGAACGUGGCGCUACCCAGCCAGACUUGGCUCCUGUCACCCUCAGGCACUCCGGCGGCUUCCUUGCGCCACCGUUGGCACUCGUCCUGCUGUCAGGAUGCGGCUGACUCCCGCCCUCCUCAUUUUUUUUUCUCUGUGACUGUGCAAUCCAUUGAUUGAUCAAAAGCCAUAGCCUCCCUCCCCUUCUCUCUCCCCUCCUCCUCCCCCCCACCUCCGCCCCCCACUGAGCCAAAGCAGGCUAGGUUGUAAGCACACAAAUGGAAAAUAAGCCUCGUACGGCAAACUCCUCCCUGUCUUUCCCCCCUGUCCAUGCCAAAUUCAGGGCAUUAAUAUAUCCCAGCUUUCUCUUGACCUCUCCCCCCUUCCAAAAAAAAGGAGUAGGCAGAACCCUUUCCUCCUCAACGCCUUCUCUGUCUUUCUGUGUGUGGGAUAUUCUGGUGCAUGUUCAAAACUCCUCCAUGGAGGAAUUAAGCGUUUCAGGGCUCACACACCGAAGAUCAAGAGCUGAGAGCAAGCUUAGAAUUCCUCCUGGCCAGCUCAGAAGAAGGGGGCUGGCCAGACUGUCCAAACGUGCAAAAUUCCUCCUGGUCUCUCUGCAGACAAUUCCACUAGAUUUUUUUCUUUUUUUAAGUGUUACUUGGAUCUACAGGAGGGUGGAGGGGAAAGCAAGGAGGGAACCACAUGAUGGUAUCUACAGACAGGAUCUGUGGUUCCCCGUGGCUGGAAUAACCCAAACAAGGGAGCGCUUUUGAAUAUCGGCACUUGGGGAGUUUCCCUCCUGCCUUCCACCCCCACCCCCACCCCCCAAUUCUUUUGUAGAGUCCGUUGUGCUCUUUUUAUUUUUCCAUUUUUUAUUUCCCCCUCUUUUUGGCUGUCUGUCCCCUUGUGUCUUCCUCAAGUUGCACUUGCUUCGAAACAUUAGGAAAAAUAUGCAACGUUGAACAAAACAGUCAUUCUCUCAAACCCCCCCCCCCCCCCCGGUUUCCUUGUCCCUGCAUUCGAUUCCAGAUUUAAACAAACUGUGACUUCUGGAUUUUUUUGUGUGUGCGUGUAUAUAUGUGUGUGUGUGUGCGUGCGCGCAUGUGUGUGAUGGGGGGUGGUGGAAGCGAGCACCGUGGCUCCACCUGUUCUCUGAUCUGAUCCCCCCUCCCCCCAAAACAUCCUACCCGGCUUUGCCGUGUCUGCAUGACGAGGCGAAAAAAUAGUGAUGGCAGGGGUGGGGAUGGGGAUGGGGGGCGGGGGGGGGCAGGAAAUGUACAAAACAAGUGAAGGACACUCUUGGCCUUAAAGACAAAAGGAGAGAAUUUAAAAAAAAACCACGAUAAUAAUAAUAAUUAAAAAAUAAAGUUGGAGUAAGGAAAUAUGCAAACUCUGUAGGUCACACGAUGACUGUGGACUUUUCUAAUUCCAAAUAAAAUGGAGUGAAAAACA